AUGAAGGAAAUGAAGAAGACAAAGGUGCCGCUGCCUGUUUCCAAGCCGAAACAGAAACCGCAGAACCCUCCACCCAAAGCGCAAUUGAGCCAAGAAUUCAUCGAUAGCGACGACGAUUCCCACACUGAGAGCACCGCGCAACCAAAGAAGGUCGACAAGCCCAAAACCACCAUCGGCAUUCAUGUCAACGGCGUUGCCAAAUCCAAGUCCAAGCCCAGCAAGACCGAUGCGCCUUUGUCCAAACCGACACCGAAACCCAAGGCACCCCCGAAAAAACCGGCGCCAAAGCAAAUCGUGACGGAACGCGAUGUUGAAGACCUUUCGAGCUCCGAAGUGAGCGACGAUGACGCGCCGACCCGAGAUAUACAGACCAAGCUGCCGGGGAAUGAAGCGGGCAAGGAGAUUUCAAGCGACAGCGACAGCACAAGCAGCUCAGACGACUCCAGCGACGAGUCGGAUACUGACGAUGCGGCGCAACCGAAGCAGAACCCGGCACCACCACAACCCCAGGCACAAGCACCACCACCAGCGUCGCACGUGGUUGAUUUCCAACCGACACAGGCUUACGUCCCCCCCAAAGGGUUCAACCCUGUACCACUAAACGACAAGACCAUUUCAAGAAGUACGGACUUGUUCGCAAACCUAGAGGGGAAGCAGGUAUGGCACAUUACUGCCCCCGCAGGUGUCUCGUUGAAGGACCUGAAGCACUUUGCAAUGGACAAGGUCACAAAAGGAGAGGUGGUCCUGAGCCACAAGGGUACCGACUAUGCUUUCUCUCAGUCGGAGAAGAGCGAGGAUGGCGCACGGGCAGUGUUUGUUCCUAAAAAGGACGGAAUGAAGCCAGUAUCUGCCCGGAUAGCAAAGACACUGCGGUUACAAUCUGUUGUGCGAAUACCCAAGCUCAGCUCUCAACAAGCCGACCAAAACACAGGCUCAGAAGCAGCAGCCUCGAUAACGCGAUCUACUAUUCGAGCACCACGACCCCAAGUCACGGGCCUGAAGAUGCGAUUCCUCCCCAUAGGGUUUACAAGCACGGACGGAGGGGUUCUCGGCGACUCAGACGGCUCGGCUGAGCCGGCUCGGGAAACAGCCGCGCUGGAGGCUACCAAACAGUCCAAGAAACAGAAAAGGAAGCAUGCCGAUGUAAACGGCGGGGAGACAAGUGAAGCGCCAUCGAAGAAAAGCAAGAAGCACCAGGAUAUGGAAGACGCCAAGAGGAAGGCGGACAAGAAGGCCAAGAAGGAGAAGAAGCGCGCCAAAGAGGCUUCAUGAAGCCUUUGCUUGAGAGGGGAUCUGGUUUGAAGGAUUUGCGCGGAGAGCUCCAAUCGCCCGUCAUGGCACAGAGCGAGGCAGCGACUAGGGUGGACCGAGGGCAGGGAGCGUCGCUUUGCAAGCCAGUCGGCAUACACGUGGUGCAUGAGCGAAGGUGGCCAGGGAUGUUGGGGAUGGCAAUGUGCCGUUGACAUUGAAGUCAGGCGGCGAGGGCGAGACGGAGGGCACGCACAUUACCUUAGCUACGUAGGCCAGGGCGGCACAAUGACAAGCACGUGCAG